AUGUCAUUCCAAAAGUGUGCACUUGGAGACGCAACGAUCUCGGACAGACGCUAUUCAUCAUCAUCGCAUUUAGAAAUCAUUCUGGACGAUCAUUCCGACUGUGACUCGAUGUUCGACGACUACAAUAGUUCAGUAUGCGAGCCAAAAACUAGCACGACGAAGGACGAACAUAAUGCACAUGAACGACACAAGAAAAGAAUGCUGAAAACACCGAAGCCGCAUCGAUUGAUCGAAAAACGUCGUCGUGAUCGAAUGAAUUCGAGUUUGAGCACUCUCUUAAAUUUAGUUCCUCACCAAAAAGACGAGAACCAUAAACGCAUUGAAAAGACGGAGAUUAUCGAAAUGGCAAUUAAAUACAUUCACACAAUACUGGAAAACAACCAAAAAGCCGCUGACACACUGAAUGCCGAAAAGCAAACGAUUAUCAAACUUAAUGCGUAUCGUUCUGGCUAUCUCAAUUGUAUAUAUGAUGCAUACGAACAUUUCGAAAAGCAACCGUCUCAUCAACGAAUCCUUCCGGACUUCGUGAAAUACAGCACUAAUAAAGAGACCGAAUUAAAUAAUUUAAUCGAUCUACCAGAGAAAAAAACACUUCUGAAAACCCGAGCACGAUCUGCAGGUCAUGGCGAACAAAUGUGCUCUGUGUCCGACGUACAGUCAAUGACUGAGUCUGACUGCGAUGUUCAAUUUUCAAUAGAUGGUGGUGAGAAUUAUCCUAGGCAAACCAAAGUUCCCAUAUUCGUUUUACACCCAUCGGGAACACAUUAUGUUCCUAUGCAUAUUGACUCGUCCGUUGUUUCUCAAGUGUUUCGAAAGAAACCCAACGCUUCACAUCCCUCGUGUGCAGAUGAGAAAGCUCACUGUCAUCCAAUAUCGAUACCGGUUAACUUUAGUCCAGAGCCAAUCGUACUCGGUCUACGAUGUUUGUGUCCAGUAGAUGACAAGCAACAGCACCCAUUCGAGCAGAUCUUUUCUUGUAAAGAACAGACCACGAACAUUAGCGAAUGUAUAUUUGAGCAAUACAUCUCGCGAUUAACAACGAAUUAUAUCAAUACUUUAAUUAUACUCUCUGGUCAAUCUUGUGAAAUUAUUCAAUUGCAAACUACUCUGAUAUCAUUGACAUUAACUUCUCUACAUCGUUUCACUGUCGAACAAGAUCAAAAUCUAAUUCUUCGUGUUAGCAUCCAAGAAUUCGCAAGUGAUAAUCUGACAUCGAGAGGCAAAUUUGUUAUAUUACCCAGUGAUUAUUCAACUGAAACAUUCGAUCAGUUAAAACAAUCGUGUUUAGAUCAUCAAUCUUGUCCUCUACUGAUAACAUUUCAUCUUCUAAAUCGUCUAUCAAAUAAGCAGUGCGUACAACUUCAUCUCCUUUCGACAAAUGAUAAGCAUCCUGAAAGUACAAAUCUCGAAGAAUUCUCCAAUCUUCUCCUGUCAUUGUCAUUAUCUUUACCGUCAAAUAGACAGAAACAAUCGUUCCAUUUAUCUAAUCCACGCAAUAGUCACGAACAAUCAUUAUUCUCUUUAACAUCAAUCUUCCAUGAAUACGUGAUUAAUAUUGAAGAACAUUUUUUGUAUAUAUUAGCAACUAUUACCAACGAUAAACAAUUGAAAUCAUAUUCGAAAAUUCAACGACUACUUAAAUUACGACGAACUCGAUCGAAAAUGUCACGUGAAUCAACUUCGGUUGAAACAGUACUCAAUCGUCCUCACGAAGAAAUUUGGGUUGAUGGCCCAUUGAGUUCAUCACAUCCUAAGAAUGAAAUUUGGAUCGAUGGUCCACGUCAAUUCUCUCCUCGUUCACCUAAAAUUUCAUCACAUCGAUCAACUCCUCGACAUCGGUCGAAACCAAUGCAUACCAAAGCGAAACUUGUCUCUUACUCUCCGCAUGAUCACGAAGAUUCGAAGAAUUUCGAUACAGAAUCUGUCGUUAGUUCACAUUGCCAUCUGCCUGUUCUCCCUGUAUUUAAAGAUCAUACCUUACUUCCAUUUCGUUCGAAUCAACUGUUAACCAAAACGAAACCCGUGACGACAGUCGACUCUCCGAAACUCAAUCUAAAAUUAAGUACAAACAAGUUAAAUGACGAUUUGGAGAUGUUAGAGAAGACUUUGGAAACUCUUCUAGUACCAUCACCUAUCGUACCGAAUGCGACUGACAAUCAAUCAACGAUGAGUAAAUCAUUAAAUCGCAUCGAUCAUCUAUCAUCAUUAAUGUCGAACGAUGAAAAAACAAAACGUCUAUCACGAAUUGUUUCUCCGACGCGUUUUGAUAAAAUUCUUCCAAUUGACGAUACGCAUCCGUCUGUGCCGAAUUCUCCGUUAAUCAUUCCUCGAACACGACGUGCACGUACAUCGACAAAUAAACCUCAAAUACCUCUACGUACCACUAGUCUCGCUGAAUCAACUACUCGUCCGUCAAUUUUCCAACGUAUAUUUGGUUUACGUUCAUCGCAUCCUCAACAAACAAUUGUUAUUCAAUCACCACCAUCAUCACCUUUAAUAUCACCAUUAACAGUAACAUUAGAUUCUCAUGAUGACCUAAUGCCAUUAACAACAAGUAGUACAGCUUCAUCAGCAUCUGGACGUGCCAGUUCAAGUGGUUACGAAUCGAUGAGUAAUACAAUACUUGAAGAAAUGCUUGCAUCAAUGCCGACAAAUAUUACAAAUGCAAAUAAUUCAAUUAAAAUACGUAAUAAGUCAACACGGAAAGAUGAUCGUCGGACGAAUAGUAAUGGUUCAUGGAAUAGUCCAACUAUAGCGGAUAAGUCUAAUAGUCAACAACGAAUAUACCAGUUGAAGCAUCGACAAAGUGAACUCAAAUUUGAACUAGCAAUGACAAAAACAUUCUUAUUAAUGGAUAAAAACAGAACUUUAGAUCGUUCUGAAUUUCCCAAGCCAACAAUUCCAAACAGUCCACUGCGAAAGAAUUAUGAUGAAGAACAUGAACUUGAAAAAGAUAUCGAAUUCUUAGAACGACGCCUUGCAACAGCUAAGUCGCAAUUGAAAUUAUCGACAUACGAUAAAUCGAAACAGCUUCUCUCAUAG